AUGUGCGACAGUUCGAGAGGCCAAAUUCUCGACUUGCUGCGACAGGCAGAGGAGCGGCUCGAGUCUGAAACGUCGUCGGUGGCAAAGGCUAUGCCCCCAACAACUAGAAUAUUUCCAAGCCAGGUGAAAGCCUACAAGCCUCAGACUCCUUGUAGUAUCCGUAACCCUCACGCAGAGCCUGUCGCAGGAAGAAACAAAGAUGAAACUGCUGGAUCAGAUUGGUUUAAUUUGCCCAAAACAAAAGCAACACCGGCUUUCAAACGCGAGUGGCAACUCUUACGCAUGCGAGGUCUAUUGGACCCGAAACAUCAGAAGAAAGCAAUGAGAUUCACACCGCCAGAAUACUCGCAGGUUGGAACCAUGGUUGCAGGUCAUGGUGAGCGAUUUGGUGCCAAGCGCACCAGAAGAGAGGGAGCAAACACGUUUUUAAAUGAGGUUAUUAGAGACGUGGACGGACAAAAGCUUCAGGACAAAUAUGCCAGCAUUCAACGACAAAAGGCGUCUGGGAAGAAAUCUUUCUAUCAAAGGCUUACUUCUCGAAGAAAACGGCGUCAUUGA